AUGUCGAACCUUGCCAAGCUUGAAUUUGUGGCCCUUGAUAUUAUCGGAAAGAAUUAUUUAUCAUGGGUGUUAGAUGCUGAAAUACACCUAGAUGAUAAAGGCCUUAGUGAAACCAUUAAGGAGGCUAAUGAGGCAAUACCUCAAGAUAAGGCUAAAGCCAUGAUUUUCCUUCGCCAUCACCUCCAUGAAGGGCUCAAAAAUGAAUAUUUAACUAUGAAAGACCCACAAAUCCUUUGGAGUAAUCUAAAGGAAAGGUAUGACCACCAAAAAACAGUGAUACUCCCUAGAGCUCGUUAUGAAUGGCUGAAUUUGAGAUUGCAAGAUUUUAAAUCUGUUAGUGAAUAUAACUCAGCUAUGUUUAAAAUAAAUUCUCAUUUAAAAUUAUGUGGAGAAAAUAUUACUGAUGCAGAAAUGCUUGAAAAGACAUACUCCACUUUCCAUGCAAAUAAUAUUGUCAUGCAGACACAAUAUAGAGAAAAAGGUUUUAAAAAAUAUUCUGAAUUAAUAUCUUGUCUUCUUGUGGCUGAACAAAAUAACGAGCUGUUAAUGAAAAAUCAUGAAUCACCUCCUACUGGCUCUACUCCAUUCCCUGAAGCGAAUGUGACAACCCAUAACGGGAAAGAAACUAAAAACAGAGACCAUUCCAGCAGUAGUGGUCGAGGUAGAGGUCGUGGUCGCGGUCGUGGCCAAUGGCGUGGUCGCGGUCGUGGGCAUGGUUUUAAUGGAUAUGGUAGAGGUCGUGGAGGUCAUUACACAAAUUCACAUUCCCACCAAAAGUGGGAACGUAGGGAUGAUAAAGAAAAAAAUGAGAUCAAUAUAUGUUACCGUUGUGGAGGAAAAGGUCAUUGGUCUCGGGUUUGUAGAACUCCAAAGCAUCUUGUUGAAAUUUAUCAAGAAUCAAUGAAGAAAGGAAAGAAAGUUGAGGCAAACCUUGUUCUUGGGUGA